AGUAGUUCUGUCGUAGCCCAGUGUAACUGACAGAACCAGCUCUCUACGCUCGGAGCCAUAUUUGGGGUGUCAGACUUGUCGGUGCUGCUGGCCUGGCAGGUGGGAUUUUCUUUCUCUAUAAGAACCAAAAAAGCCCCUCCUAAAUUUGUUACACUGGAUCCCAGACCCUCCUGAAUGCCCAUAUAGAAUAUAGAAUAUAGAAUAUAGAAUAUGACAUUGUCCCUUCGGCUGCUCUUUGUGGGAGGAGCUUCGGAUUCAGGGAUUCGGAUAAAUCCGCUCAUUAAAGAAUCUGCUCUGUCACAUCCGAUGGGGAAUUCCAAAACUACCACAAACUGCCACAAACUCCCCCAAUGCAGAGAGGGGCCCUCGGGGUAUUUCAUCAUGGGGUGACUCAUCACUAUGCAGGGUGGGAGGGGUUUAGUGGCGAAAUAAAAACCGCUAUCCCGCCAUUUCUUACAGCAGAGAAGACUCCGACCUGAGUGCGCCGAGGCUCCUUUCUAUUUUGACACUUGUGGAAGUAGAGACAUCCUCAUCCUGUUGAAGUGGAUACCGAUAUUUUGGAUUACUAUGGACACUUAAAGUUUUCAGGAAGGCUAAAAGAAGAUUAAAGCAGCGAAAAUAUCUGCAGAGCAUUGCUACUACUGCUUGUGACGUCUGUGACUCCACCAAGUCCAACAACACUUGCAGAAGGUCCUUCUGAAUUUAUCAACUAAUACAACCCAAGACCGAGAGGUUCAACCACCAGAAGAGGUUUCAUGCUAAACCAAGUUAAAGACUCAAUAAUUACAACUGUUUGAGCAGAUAAAUUUAUCAGAGUAUAAAGGUCAACUAAACGUGCAGAAUAGACAUGUCCGGUAGCAGAUCAGGCAGAUGUGGCACUGGAGAUUACCAGCAACCAUGCAUGGAAGCAAGAAGGGAUACAAUAGUCAGUAGAAAGCGUAAAUGUUCUCCAUUGGCUGAACCUGAGACUACAACAAAAACUCGCCAACCUACUGUUCCUUCUGUAUUGGAGAAUACCCCUGAAAUGUCUUCUUCUUCUUUAAUAUCACCUUCUGUAGUGAAGACUGGAAUGUCUGCUCCCCUUCUACUUUCUAUACUGACAAAUACCACAGAAAUGACUGAUACUCUUCUGGGUCCUUCUGAAUUGGACAAUCCUACUGGAAUUAAUAUCCAUCCUCCUAUAUUGGAGAGUCUUCCUAAAAUGUCUGAUUUUCCUCAUGUGCCUUCUGAGUCGGCAAAUCCUGAUCACAGGGCUCCACCUUCUGCAUCUUCUUCACUGGAGGCUCCUAUGGAAAUAUGUGCUGCUCCUCAUGCAUUUUCUGUAUUGGAAAGUCUUGAUCACAGGGCUGCAUCAAUUGUAUCUUCUCAGCUGGAGAACGUUCAAAAAAUGUCUACCAGUCCUUCUGUUCCAUCUGAAUUGGAGAAUAUUAAUCCAUUUUCGGUUUUGGAAAAUACACCUCAAAUGACUCUAGAUACUGUACAAGAGAACCCAGCUGGAAUGGAAGUACUUAGUGUGUCCUCUGUAUUGGAUGACCCUUCAAAAACAUCUCUGCCCCUUCCUGUAUAUACUGAAAUGUCUUCUUCUCAUUCCAUGACUCUUGUAUUGAAAAACGGUAGUGAAAUGUCCAUGAAGUCACCAGAACCAACUGUGCAAGAGAGAAAAGCUGAAAUAUCAGCACCUCUAGCAACACAUUCACAGGACGUGGAUGGAAUUGCCUCAACAUCUUCUGUAGAUUGGCCACCAAGUGCCCAUCAGAGUACGGGGCCAGAAAACCCCAACAUUCCCACACAGUCAGUAGAAGACAAUGUCAAUGUUGAUGCUCUGGUGCAUUUAGAACAAAUUCGCCGCCAUGAACGAGAACGUGGCUAUUUUAAUGCGGUAGAAAUCACUGAGUGUUUCCGCUUUGUAAACUUGGAAAGAAUUGAGUCUUUCAAUGCAGCAAUAGGGGCCAUGCACACGGCUGUCCAGGAGUUACUGAACAGUAUAUUGGCGAGGACUGGACCCAGUGAUCAUAUACAGCUACGACUCAGUGGAGAAGGAUUCAGAAAUCCAAUAUAUUCAAAAAGAAAAUCUAAUAAAGAGUUCAAUGCUCGGUCAUUUCUGAGGAAUGUGGCGAACAUGCUACAGAGUAACGCGGACUUCCUUUCUAAUGAUCUUUUAGAACUUCUUGUCAUCAUUGUAAAGAAUCCAAAAGGUGGCAGUAAAGACCGAAGAGCUCUCACUUCAAUACCCGCCAGUGACUUAAUUGAAAAAAAAAAACGUUGGCUCAUCGACUUUAACUACAAUGAAGGAAACCUGUGUCUGGCCGCAAGCAUCUGUGCAUUGACGAGUGAGGGCUACAUUACUGAGGCCACGCUAAUGCAGAAAGCCAAAGAGAUUCAUGAUGCUCUGGAGAUCCCGGCCAAUCGCUUAGUCAGUUUAAGUGACAUUCCUGCUUUUGAGAAACAUCUGCAGGUGACCAUUAAAGUGCUGAACUACAAACACGGAAAAUGGACAUUUUUCUACACCGACAACCCCUGCAAAGAGCCAAUUAUAUUCCUAUUGCUGCACAAGGAACAUUACUACGGAAUUAAAAAUAUAACCGCAUUUUGUGGAUACAGUUACUUCUGCGAAUACUGUAACACGCAGUUCCACGGCAAAGGGCGCCAUUCAUGCAAGUAUUUUUGUAAGGCGUGCCACAGACGGGACUGCCCCGAGGUGUCAACUGAAGAGCAAAGGUGCCGGAACUGCCGCAUCAUUUGCCGCUCAAUAGAAUGUCUUGAACUGCACAAAGCCCUCCUCCAAUCAGAAAAGAACCUGUGUAAGAAACAACGGUAUUGUGUCAAGUGCAGACGUUACACUGAUUGUGAACACGACGUAAAGAAAUGCAAAGGUUCCCAGUGUCGGACUUGCUUCCUAUAUGUUGAAACUUUUGACGGCCACCGGUGCUUCAUGAGAAAGAGUCAACCGGAAACGUCAGACAAAUACAUUGUUUACGACUGUGAAUGUAGCCAAGAAAAUAACAGCCAUGUUCCAAAUUAUAUAUACGCUUUAAAAUUGGAUUCUCAAGACUACUGGGAGUUCCAAGGACCCGACUGCCUGAAGGAUUUUAGAAAAACAUUUUUACGGAGGAAGUUUACUGGGUUUUCGUUCAUAGCGCACAACGCCGGCAGGUACGACGCCUACUUUGUGGUGCAGGAGCUGCUCAAGGAGAACAUCAAGCUAAAGUUUCUAGCAAAAGGUGGUCAACUAUUGUGCGUCACCGUGGCUGAUUUCAAGAUUCGAUUUAUUGACUCUUUCAAUUUCCUUCCCAUGAAGCUUAGCAAGCUGCCAAAGGCCAUGGGAUUUGACGAUACCAAGGGAUAUUUCCCACAUUUCUUCAAUACAGCUGCCAACCAAGCCUACGUCGGUCCAAUGCCUUCUCAUGAGAAUUUUGGGCAGGAGAAUAUGAUGCCAGAUGAAAGAGAAGAAUUUAUGGCUUGGUACGAGGAAAACAAAAACAGUGAAUUUAAUUUUCAGGCUGAACUUAGGAAAUAUUGCCAGAAGGAUGUCAAUAUCUUGAAGAAAGCGUGCGUCUGUUUCAGGGACAGGGUGAUGGAAAUGACAAUGGAGAAGGACCCAAAGAAUCCCCAAAAGACAAUCCAAGUAGACCCCUUUCAACUCACCACAUUGGCCUCGGUGUGCAUGGCCAUGUUCAAGUUUAAGUUUCUAACUGAAAAUACAAUCGCUAUUCUACCCUCGGACAAUUAUCAUAAAACGCAGAAGCGCUUCUCCACGCCGUCCAUCCAGUGGUUAACGUACAUCGCCCACACGGAACACAUCAAAAUAGAACACGCUCUGGAAGGUGGUGAGAAACAAGUCGGUGACUAUUUCUUGGACGGCUUUGCCGAAAUUGAUAAAACAAGAACAGCUUUUGAAUUCCACGGGUGUUUCUAUCACGGCUGCCCCCAGUGCUACAAUUCCACUGAUCAGAAUCCUGUUACAAAAACCACAUACGGUCAGUUGCACCUCAAAACCCAAUGUCGAAAGAAAUACCUGCAGUCCCGAGGGUACCAAGUCCGAGAGAUCUGGGAACACGAGUGGAAAGAGUUGCAAGUAGAAGACCACUUUCUACACAAAAUUAACUUUCCUGAGCCCCUCGAGCCCCGUGACGCACUUUAUGGUGGUCGGACAAAUGCCGUCAAACUGUACCACAAAGCAGCCCCAGGGGAGAAGAUAUUUUACUAUGAUUUUACCAGUCUGUACCCCUUCAUCAAUAAGACAAAGGCCUACCCCGUGGGCCACCCAGUUAUUUACCAAGAUAAGUUUAAAGAUUUUGGUACAUAUUUUGGCAUCGCUAAAGUUAAAGUGUACCCCCCGAAACAUCUGUUUUUUCCUGUCCUUCCAGUAAAGAUGAAUGAAAAGCUUGUGUUUCCUUUGUGCUACACGUGCGCCACCAACGGUCAGGCCACAGAGUGUCAGCACUGCGACGAGGAACGAGCACUGACGGGAACCUGGUGCACAAUGGAAAUCCAGUUGGCUCUAGAGAAGGGCUACACAUUGGCCGAAACCUAUGAAGUUUGGCAUUUCGAGCAACAAACAACGAAGCUGUUUGAGGGGUACAUUAACCUACAUCUCCGGGACAAACAGGAGGCGUCGGGAUAUCCCAGUUGGUGUAAAGACGAGGAACAAAGGAAGAAGUAUAUAAGCGAUUAUCGAGACAAAGAAGGCGUAGAGUUACGCGAGGAACAUAUCGCUGUAAACCCGGCAAGAAGGCAAAUUGCUAAAUUGUUUCUGAAUUCCCUGUGGGGCAAAUUUGGGCAGAAAACGAACUUACCUAAUACAACAGUCGUUAGCGACCCAGGGGAGUUUUUCCGUUAUAUGUUUUUACCGGAAUACGACGUCUCCUCUUUCGAAUUCAUGGGUGAAGAAACGGCCAUUGUCCACUGGAAGUAUGUCGACGGCUUUCCCUCCAUCGGACGCAACUCCAAUAUCUUCCUCGCUUGCUUUACCACGGCCUACGCCCGGCUACAACUAUACAAUGUCCUGGAGCGGCUCCAGGAGCGGUGUCUGUACCACGACACGGACUCGGUGAUUUUUAUCAGCAAGGGCGAUGAGUGGGAUCCACCAUUGGGCGAUUAUCUAGGAGAACUUACCAGCGAACUUCCCGACGACACCCACAUCACCGAGUUUGUCUCUGCCGGACCCAAAACCUACGGGUACAAGUUGUCGACUGGUAAAACCUGCCUGAAGGUCAAGGGCAUCACCCUAAAUGCCUCAACCGUUCAACACCUUCAUUUUGAUUCUCUAAAGGAUCUGGUGUUGGAUUUCCCCGAAAACGCCAACCGGGAUGAACAGAGGAAAAUCACUUUACAACAGCCGGUCAUUACCAGAGACAGAUACUGGCAAAUAGAGACCCGCCCCCUGCGCAAAACAUUAAAGUGCGUUUACACCAAACGCCAACUAACCGACGACUUUACUACUUUGCCUUUUGGUUACCGACCUCAACCGGGGGCGGAACAAACACAACCCGGUCUAUAAAUGAAAAAAUAAAUCCAAAAAAUGUUGGUUUUCUUGAAACACAGAAAUCUGCUCAAUGUUUCUCUGCAAUGGUCUGACGGAACUAUACAACUCUGCAAUUGUACUUGUUUCUUCAUCAUAUAUUAGCCUGAAAAUUCUAUUUCUUUUUCCAUAUCGACUGGGGUUUUGUUUUUUGCAAAAUUGUUACCAUCAAAAUUUCGUGAAUCUGAAUAUUUGAAGAAAUAAUGUAAUGAAUAAUAAAGACUAUUGGUUAUUGAC